AUGGUAGCCCAGAUACAGGCUCCAUGCUACCCACUGCACCCAAGUGUCAGAGACCGCCUGCAUCCGGACUAUGUGGCCUUCUACAACAAACACCUCUUGAAUCAGCACCCCGCCCACUUUCUCCCACUGUCUGUCUCGAGGGCAAAGGGAAACAAUAUUCCCUGCAACGGCGACCCUUUGCCCGUUGGCGAGAUCCUCGACAGGAGGAUUUCUCGACAAGAAACCAACGGCCCCGACAUAGCGAUUCGAUGCUUCAUCCCCCAGGGACAACCUCCCAAUUGCGGGUGGCCAGUAGUCCUGUAUUAUCACGGCGGAGGCUGGGUUUUUGGUGACCUCGACUCUGAGAACAAUAUCUGCACCCAUAUUUGCAAUCGAACCAGGGCAGUUGUGAUCACGACAGACUACAGGCUCGCUCCUGAAGCACCCUGGCCAGCGGCGAUCCACGAUUCAUGGGAAGCAUUCCUUUGGGCUACAUCAUAUGGGAAGAGCAUACUCGGCCUUGAUCCUGGCAAGAUUGCUAUCGGGGGAAGUUCUGCAGGUUCAAACAUUGCCGCAGUUGUCGUCCAAAAUGCUUCGAUUGAAGGAUGCGUAACCCUUCGACAUCAGUUCUUGAUCGUUCCCGUCACGGACAAUACUGCUCUGCCGUGCUCCAAUCCAACCUGGAAGACAUUUGAGUACACGGCGGCGCUCCCCGCGAAGAAGAUGCUCUGGUAUCGCAACCAUUACUUGCCGGAUCCUACUACCUGGUCGCACAGGGAGGCUUCGCCGCUGCUGGCACCAGACUCCAUCUUCCAAAGACUACCACCUGCGAAUGUCAUUAUCGGUGAAGUCGAUAUUCUUCGUCACGAAGGUGAGGAGUACGCAAAGAAGUUGCGUAAGAAUGGGGUCCCCGUGGAUUUGACGCUCAUGCAAGGGAUGCCGCAUCCUUUCCUCGCCAUGGACGCCGUACUCGAGGCAGGCAGACGAGCAAUAGCUCUUACGUGCGAUGCCCUGAUCCAAGCCUUUGCCAAUUGAAACCAAAGAAUGCCCUCGCUCGCGCUUGGGGGCUGAUAAGGCGUUGCGGACGUGUGCUACAGACAACAUCAGGACCAGUAGGGUGGCUGUUUGUAUAUGAA